AUCUCCCAAAGGGAGGGGCUCUGAAAGCGCAUUGAGUCCUAUAUCUUGAAGCUAGAAUAGGGGGGCUGUAGCGGUAAUGGUGGGGAGUAGUGUAGCCGAGACGGAGCCGAACUUUUAGCACCCGUUUCGGCUCCGGACGUUACUCGGCGAUUAGGUGAAUAUAAGAGUCUCUGGAAUGACUCGGAUUGGAAGACAUCACAUAUUUGAGGAGAUUCACCCUUCAAUUCAUCCUAUAGUUAAUAUAAAUAUAAAUUGACAAUUAUCAUGGCCACUACUAUGGAAGUAAAAGUUGAAAAUACACCAGCAGUUCUGGAGUUGCCUGAAGCUCAACUGCACGCAACCAUCAACUAUUACUCUCUACCCACACCUCCAUCCCUCGAUGACCUAUCCAUCUUAGACGGCACCUCGCCUAACAUCGCCUCCCACAAAGUCCCAGUGGCCGACUUGCGUAGCCUCCCACUGUCCAGCUAUAACCACUCCACCCACGGCUUCCAAGUCCUGCACCAGCCCCUGGCCAUCAACCCCUCGCACGAAUUCGUCCACGACCCUACUAUCCUGACCUCCCAGUACUACCCCUCCAUCAUCUCUCUCCUGAAGGAACAACUUCACGUCCGCUCCACAGUCGUCAUCAACAGCACCCUGCGCGACAUCCCGGCGCCGGACCCCUCCGCCCCGCCCAUGGACUACAAGAACCCCCGUCCCACCACCGGCGGCGCCUCGCUCUUCCCGUUUAGCUUAGCGCACUCGGACUACACCCCCGGCGGCGCGCGCACCCAUCUGCGCGCCAUGACGCCCGACUGGUUCUCCGCGACCGGCACCGCGGACGGGUGCACGAGCGCCGACGAGCGCACGCUGUUCCUCCGUCUCCGCGACGAGAUCAUCGACGCCGAGGACCGCGCCAUGCGGAAGGCGGGCCUGGAGCCCGGCGACGACUACGCCGCCGCCGCCGCGCCCGCAGACGGCGGCAAGAAGAAGGGCGGAUACUGGACCUGGGACGGCCGCGGGUACGACGGCCCGCGGUACGCCAUGUUCAGCGUGUGGCGCCCCUGGGAGACCGUCCGCCGCGACCCGCUCGCCGUCCUGCUGGCGCCUGCCGCCGAUCCCGACGGCUGCGUCGCGCUGCCGCGCAUGUAUCGGAAUCGGCCCGGGUGCGUGAGCGAGUACUACAACGAGAACGCGCUCGUGAGACCGCCUGCUAGGGGUGGGGAGCAGGUGUGGGGAUACAUCAGCGAGCAGAAGCCGGAAGAGGUGCUGGCGCUCAAGUUUUAUGAUAGCGAGGCUCUGAGGAGGGGCGAUGGGAGCGUGAGGUUGAUGUGUCCGCAUAGCGCGUUUACGCUCCCUGGGACGGAGGAUCAGCCGGCGAGGCGUAGUUGUGAGUUGAGGGUUUGGUGUAUUUGGUGAGUGGAUUCAGGGGGUAUUCAGGGGGUGUUAUAUUAGGUAGGUAAUGAGGUACCUAGGUUGUAAAUCGGGGGUUGAUAGAUUGCACCUAACAAAUUGCUCUGGUUGCCUUCACAAGAAAAAGAAAAAAAAUCUUUAUCUUCCGCUAAUUAAUUCCUUUCCGU